GGCCGGGCGGAAGUGUCUGUGUUUCAGCCGCCUUGGUUACCGCGUUCUCCGCCCCGCCUCUACGUCAUCGCUCUGAGACCGCUAUCAGCGGCCCGCGCGGGCGCCGCGGGAGACCGUGAACCCACCCCCCCCCGGUUGCCGCCCCCUCAGGAGCCACCAUGUUGGUGAUACCCCCCGGACUGAGCGAGGAGGAGGAGGCGCUGCAGAAGAAAUUCAACAAACUCAAGAAAAAGAAAAAGGCACUGCUGGCUCUGAAGAAACAAAGUAGCAGCAGCACAGCCAGCCAAGGCGGAGUCAAACGCUCACUGUCUGAGCAACCUGUGGUGGACACAGCUACAGCAACAGAACAGGCAAAGCAGCUGGUGAAAUCAGGAGCUAUCAGUGCCAUCAAGGCUGAGACCAAGAACUCAGGCUUCAAACGAUCUCGAACCCUAGAGGGGAAAUUAAAGGACCCCGAGAAGGGACCAGCUCCCACUUUCCAACCGUUCCAGAGGAGUGUCUCUGCCGACGAUGAUCUGCAGGAGUCAUCCAGACGUCCCCAGAGGAAGUCUCUGUAUGAGAGCUUUGUGUCUUCCAGUGACCGACUUCGGGAACUGGGGCCAGAUGGGGAAGAGUCAGAAGGCCCAGGGGCUGGUGAUGGCCCCCCUCGGAGCUUUGACUGGGGCUAUGAAGAUCGUGGUGGUGCCCGCUCCUCAGCCUCCCCUCCCCGAAGUCGCAGCCGGGACCGCAGUAGAGAGCGAAACCGGGACAGAGACAGAGAGCGGGAAAGAGACCGAGACAGAGAGCGAGAUCGAGAGCGGGACCGGGAUCGGGACAGGGACAGGGACAAGGAUCGAGAGCGGGACCGGGAGCGAGAGCGAGACAGAGAGCGGGAGCGAGACCGAGACCGAGAGGGCCCUUUCCGCAGGUCAGACUCAUUCCCUGAACGCCGGGCCCCUCGGAAGGGAAAUACUCUCUAUGUGUACGGAGAAGACAUGACACCUACCCUUCUCCGUGGGGCCUUUUCUCCCUUUGGGAACAUUAUUGACCUCUCCAUGGACCCACCCAGAAACUGUGCCUUCGUCACCUAUGAAAAGAUGGAGUCAGCAGAUCAGGCUGUUGCUGAGCUUAAUGGGACCCAAGUGGAAUCAGUACAGCUCAAAGUCAACAUUGCCCGCAAACAGCCCAUGCUGGACGCUGCCACUGGCAAGUCUGUCUGGGGCUCCCUCGCUGUCCAGAACAGCCCAAAGGGUUGCCACCGGGACAAGAGGACCCAAAUUGUCUACAAUGAUGACAUCUACAAAGAGAACCUUGUGGAUGACUUCUAGGAAGUGGAGCUGAAUUUCUUGUGCCUCACAUGCCCCCAAUGCUGGUCUCAGUAAAACACUGAGGUGGAAGC